GCACAACUGCUGCCGAGCGGAAACCAACGUUUCUAACACGAACUGGCAAAAGGGUGCACAUGGACCUACUCCGCAGGCAUGGAUUAAUACAUAUAUACAGUUAGAUAUACAGUUCUGGGUGGAUGGAUAUCGCCGGUCAGCAUCAUAAUAUCAGAUAUAAUUUAAAUUUUCUAUCGGUGGCAGAACAUACUGUAGCUGUCCAGGUGGACCUACGUGUGCCAUCAGAAAGCUGUCUUUAGCUCCUCCGGAGGUGAGCCAGGUUGCAGUGACAUGGUAAUAUCUUUUGAAUGGUACUGGAAAGCCGAGGACCAGAAGAGCAGCAGCAGUGGUUUGCCGAUGACUGGUGAAGACACUGGUUUGGGGGCUUUGGCCUCACCACUGGUGGGGUAUUUGGGAAAAGUUCAGGAAAGAGCUGCUUCACUGGAGUAUUGUCCCUGGUGUACUUCGAAGGGCUUGACCUAUGCUCUGCGCUCUUACCGCAUCAACCUCCAGGAGUCAGUCACCCUCUGCACAAACGCACAGUGCCUUUUCCCUCUGGUCAGCCGGUCCCUGGAGGAUGUUUUGGCUAGCUUGGAUCCUGUGGAGCCCACUGUUGGGAACAAAAGAAAGCAUGGCUUGGCACUGGAAAAGGAAGAGUUGAUUAGACCCGUACACAAACGCCUGCGGUCAAGUGACAGCCAUGGGCUACAGUACACAGACACACAUGGUGCUGUAAACGUCGUCAGUAAUGGCCACCGUGCAGCCCCCGAGACAGAAGAGGGUAAGGUGAAUGGAUACAGGGGUUCUCCAGUUGCAGAGACAGCAGGACGGGAGUCAUUACAAUAUGAGGAUGAUGAUGUUCUGGUCAAGGAACCAGAGAACACUGUUUGUGCAGAUGGAUUUGCUCCUCCGACAUGCUGGACACCAGCUGGACACCUGCAGUGCUCAUCAGAAGCCUUGUUGACCGCUGAUGGGGAUGAACCUGCGCUCUCUCCUCACCGCGGUGCUCCCGGUGCCCCAGAGGCAGAGGAUGACUUCAGGCCCGUAAAGGGUCCUCGUGAGGUGCUGAACAGAUGCCGCAGCCUGGACUCCAAUCAGUCCUUUUUCACAAGUGAGGACAUUUAUUCAGCUGAAAUCAAUACUCUAUUGCCUUUGCACAAUGAGCAGACAGCAAUGACGGAGCAGAAAUCACUGACUGCAGACAUCGCUGCAUGUAAGGACAUAGGAGGCAUUGAGUCAGAAAUGGAGGGUUUGUCCUCUGCCACUCAGACGAAGUCAGAGGAGCUUGUGUCUGUUCCGGAUCGGCCGUUUUGGAGGAACAGCGAUAACCUGUGUUGGCUGGACUCACUGCUUGUUGCUUUGGUGAACUGUAAGAGCUUGGGAAAGUGUAAACCUGAAGCUGAGCCUCAGCAGUCGUCCGUCUGGCAGCUGAUGAGAGGAUAUGAAGACGUUUGUGCUUCCAUCCGAGUCCAUCAACAGACUGGCAGAGAUGGCGCUGUGAGAGUGCCACAUCAUGUGCUGCAAAAGGCCGAUGCAGACCUGCAGUGUCUCAGGAUGUCAGUCUUCAAACGACUGCAGCCCAAGCUGCAUUGCAAGCUGGGUCAGAGGGAAACUCCGGUGUUUGCCUUGCCGCUUCUGCUGGAGUUGGACUCGUGGGUGGAGCCUCUCUUCAGGUCGACCUUUCACUGGGACUUCAAGUGCAGCGAAUGCAAGACCGCCACGGAAGAAAGGGUUGUGAAAACUCUCCCCACCUUCACGAAUGUUUUGCCUGAUUGGUGCCCACUUGAUGCGGUCCACUUGGCCCCGUGCAACGUGUGCUGCCGGAAGAAUCAGAGGAGGACCAUGAUGCUGGAGAGUGUGCCUCCGGUGUUUGCGCUGCACUUUGUGGAGGGGAUGCCCUACAGCGAUGUUGGAAGAUACGACUUCACCUUCAAGGAGAAACGCUACUCCGUCACCACCGUCAUACAGUACAACCAUCAACUUAAGCACUUUGUCGCCUGGACUUGUCACUCUGACGGAUCAUGGCUGGAAUACGACGACUUGAAACAUCCGGAGUGUAAGACCCACCAAAAGCUCCCGGUCCCCGCUCAGGAGAUGCAUGUCGUCUUCUGGGAGGUGGAGGAGGAUAAAGAGCCUCGCGUCUGUUCUCCCUCCAGCACAUUUGCUGAAUGUCCCCCGUCUAAAAUGGAGAUGAACCCCAGUCAAGGUGACAAAGACUUAACAGCAGAGGAGCUGUUGGCUUGCUCUCCCGAUCAGUCUCUUCUGGCGUCUCACAACGACACCGACAUCGUCUGUGCGCUCUCUGCAUCUGAAGACUGCAGCAACAUCAUGGACACGACCGUCGCGGCCGACGUCGAUACGUCGAUAGGUUCCACAACGCUGCUCGACACCUUCGAGGGCCUUUCCCACAAUGACAUCAUCACACUCACACUGGUAGAGUUAAAAGUGGAUUCAGAAAUGCAGCCUUUAAAUGACGAGGAAGAAACUGAGGGUUUGAGUGUUCCCACCAGGAAGGAGAUAGUUGACUCCACACCGGAUAGCUCCUGCGCUGCAGUGGGCAGUGGAAUGUCCCACGGCCCUGAUGUUGAGCUCACCAAUGCUACGUCGUCUGAUUCUGCGGAUGGCUCGUCCAAUGAUCCUACAUUUGUGCCUCCUUGUAGGAGAGGACGAAGUAGAGGCGUCGGCAGAUCCAAAACAGUUGGCAGACAAAUGGUUAAAAAGGCAGCGGCGGCACCAAAAGCAGCACCGCCUAUUUCUCCACCUGCAUCUUCGGAAGCCUUUAAAGGAAUCGGUAGCAAAUCAGAGACCGCUGCUGCUCAGGGUGACACGCCACCUGUUGAAAACGCACAGCAAGCGUCCCCUGAGUCCUCUACAGAUGCCUCAGCCCUGUCCACCGGUCAGAAAGGUCCACCAAAGCCGCCUCAGGAUGCCCGCUGGUCCUUCCUGCUUAGCAAACACCCACUAAACCAAGUUCACAGGGCGAUUGCUAAAUGUGCCCCCAUCCAGAUGCCCACCUCAGUCACACGAGUCAAGCCCACUCCUCUCACUCAGUCCACGCCCAACCCUGUGAGAAGACUGCAGACCCCUGGAGGAUUCUUCCCUAAACUACAGCUCCGGACAGAAGAUAGUGAUUGUCUCCCGCUGAAAGCUGCGGAGAUGUACGGGGGAUUCGGUGCAAAGAGCGCAAACACACGAAGUCCGCUCCCACUUCCUGCUGUCCUCACUGGCAAGUCAAAGCUGGUUCAGCCCAUAACAUCUAACCAGCAGAAAUCCCUGAAGAACACGACAGUGGCGUCUGGUACGUCACCUCCUUUGCCUGGAGCGACGCGGCUUCCUGAAAUAUCCCACUCAAAGAAACCGAGCGGUCCGUCCUCGAAGCUUCCGCCGGGUCUCAGCGACACAGAAGCCCUCAGGUACAAGCUCAUAAAGAAACUGAAGGCGAAGAAGAAGAAGCUCGCUAAGCUGAAUGAGAUGCUGGGUCACCAGGGGGGCGCCGGCCUCCGACCCGACAGCACCGGCCUGGGCUCCCCGAACGCGGUCACCUCCAGCACUUACGACGGCUCCAUCUGCGACGACUUCCUCUCGAACCUGCUCUCGCCGGCGACGACCGCGAGCAACCUUUCACCAGACAGCACCGGCUUCCUCGAGAUGCUCGCCAACGGGCCGGAUGGAGCCGACCAGGCGGACUGCGGGGUCAACGCUGCCGGCGCAGUUUCCCAGACGAGCGCACCCAACGCCGAAAACUUCCUGGAUGAGUUUCUCUCACAGGCUGUGGCUCAGAGACCGACUGACAUGGAGACGGAGGCACUCAAUGCACUUGAGCUUUUCAUUUGAGCUAUGGGGGAGUUGUCUGCUAGCUCCAAGCACAGAUAUCCGCAACCAUUGCUUGGUAUCUUGAGGAGAAUUUUGCAAAAUGCACUGUUCCAUAUAAAGAUGCAAUUUAGAAGUUUAUAGUGACAUCUCUCUGUAUUUAUGUUGCUAUUCAUUUUUAUGGGUUAAUGAAGUUCAAAUGCAUGUUCAGUGGUGGAGUUUGUUGAACCAUAGAUGACAUUUGUUUACCUUAGUAUGCUCAGGCAUGUUGUAAAUAUUGUAUGUUUCUGGGAUGUAUGAAGCAAUCAUGUUUGUUUGCUUUAUUUUGUUAUUUUGACCACUUGAAAAUGUUCAUGAAACGUGAUUUAAUAAAUACUUUAGAUGACUCGA